UUCCAUCCUCGCCAUUUUGCAAUGUGGUGGAAAGAGAGAGAGGCCACUUUUUAUAGCUAACGAAUAAAAACUCCCGAGUUUUAUGCGUUGAGGACAAAGAGCAUUGCUCGUCAUUUUGUGGGUGAUGGAUGAGAAUUGCAGCAAUGCUGUCCUCAUCUCAAAGUCCUCCUCUACAUCUGAUGCUUCUUCCUCUGCUCCAGUAUCUGGAUCUCCCUUUGAACCCCAGCCUCACAGGGUCAUAGGUCAGGGUGUCCCAGGGAGUGUCCAGCCAAAACAGGUGGAUGAGUCCCUCAUCCAGGUCAUCGAGAAACUCAGCAAGAUAGUGGAGCAGUGUCCGCAGAGGCAGUCCCCUCUAGGGGUGCAGAAAAGAGGAAAACAUCUGGACUCCUCCGAGGUGAAGUUGAAUCCAGGAAGCUCUCCUAACAAGAGGAUGAAGAAUAGCUGCGACGAGGAGGCGAGAGCAGAUGGUAGCGAAACAGAUGGCAUUUCUUCUUCUCUUGCUCUGGGCGACAAUAACAACAACAUCACUACUGCGCCGAGCGAAGUUGCUGUUGGUUCAAGCCACAUCGACCUCAAACGGACAGUAACGUGCUACCAAUGCAGCCUUUGUCCCUACCUCUCCCAGACGCUGGCUCAGCUCAGAGAGCACCUGAAGCAGCACAAUGAGCAGCACAGCGACCUCAUUCUCAUGUGCUCCGAGUGUCACUUCACGUCCAGGGACCAGGAGCAGCUGGAGGCACACGUCAAGCUGCACUUUGACGACAAAGGCGGCACGACGAGAACCUCCACGGAAGAGGAAGGAGUUCUGAAACAGGGUGGGGAAGGGGACCGGGACAGUGAGGCGAGCAAAGGUUCACCAGAUGAGUCAAGCGACCCACCAAAGAAGAAAAAGUGGUAUAGCUAUGAGGAGUACGGUUUGUACCGCUGCUUGAUCUGCAGCUACGUGUGCAGCCAGCAGCGAAUGCUCAAGACCCACGCCUGGAAGCACGCUGGCCUCGUCGACUGCUCCUACCCCAUCUUCGAGGAAGAGGAAAGCGGUCCAGCAAGACAAGAGACUCAAGCAGCUACCAACAGCAUCAUACCCCGAGAGGAUCUAAUGAUCCUGUCUCCAGGUCUUCAUGAUCAAAAUUUACAGAAACUCCCAGCUGCCAUCAAGUUGCAACUCUGUGUGCCUGUUGCUACUGAGAACCAGCAGGAUCAAUACAAUCCACCAGUCUCGCAUUCCAGCGAAGGUUCUGGGACGGCUGCAGAUGAAGACGAGGAGAAGGGGUACACCAACAAAGACGUCGGCUCUGAGGAGCCUGUGGUGGAGGUGCAGGUGACUACAGAGGGAGAUGGUGAGAUGGGGGUGGACAGGACCCAAGAAAGCAGCUCCGUUCCUGACAGCCUGCUGUCUUCAGCCCAGAAGAUCAUUAACAGCAGUCCGAACAGCGCUGGACACAUAAACGUGAUCGUAGAGCGCCUUCCGUCAGCCGAAGACACCGUCAUGGUGACAAAGCCUCUUCUCCUCAACCCAGAUGUGGAUAGGGACAAGGGUUUGCUGGCUGUGAAAGAGGAGGAAGAGCAGAACCCUGUCGGAAGUGUUGGCUGUGUGGAUAACUCCACCAACAACCCUUCAGUAGAUGCUGACUGUAAGUCUCCUCUCCCUAAAGGUGACUCCUCCCUAAGGGAUGAAAACAUCCCCCCAACUAGCCGCAAGCGAACGCAUUCCGAGUCACUCCGCCUCCACUCUUUGGCUGCAGAAGCUCUUGUUGCUAUGCCGAUGAGGAUGCCAGAGCUGCCCACCUCCAGUCCUAAGGUGACCCUUAAGAGCGCAUUACCCCAGAUUCAGAAUCAAAGGAUUUCGGAUGGAACUCAGAACAGACAGAGGGCGUCGGACGUAGAGAAGACGGCAGCCCUGGAAUUAGGACCCCUGGGCCUUGUAGAGGGUGAUGAGGAAGGUCCCACUACUAAAACUGGAAUCAGCCUUUCACUCCUUACCGUCAUCGAAAGACUCCGAGAGCGCUCGGACCAGAACAUCUCUGAUGAAGACAUUUUGAAAGAGCUUCAGGAUAAUGCGCAGUUCCAUAAUGGGGCUGUAGCCGCAGCGAUCACCGGCAACGGAGCCGAGAGUUACGUGUGUAACAUUCCAGGCAUUGAUGGGUUGGUCGGUCCAGUCGAUGGAGGGUUGGUGGACUAUAAUCCGGGCAGCGAGCGGCCAUACCGGUGCCGGCUGUGUCACUACAGCAGCGGCAACAAGGGCUACAUUAAACAGCACCUGCGUGUUCACAGACAGAGGGCGCCAUACCAGUGUCCCAUCUGUGAGCACAAAGCCUCAGACAGUAAGGACUUGGAAAACCACAUGAUCUACCACUGCAAGAGCAGGAUGCACCAGUGUAAAUACUGUCCUGAUGCCUUCCACUACAAGAGUCAGUUAAGAAGUCAUGAAAGAGAGCACCACAGCUGCAGCAGCGACGCACCAUCGCCCACAACGGGGACCGACACCAUCACCCCAGUGGAGGAAUCUGAACGGGGAACAGACGAAGAAGGUGGGGUGCCAAAGAUGUAUAAAUGUGAUGUGUGCAACUAUACCAGCUCUACAUAUGUGGGGGUGAGAAACCACAGGCGGAUCCAUAACUCUGACAAACCGUAUCGCUGCUGUAGCUGUGAUUUUGCCACCACCAACAUGAACAGCCUGAAGAGCCACAUGAGGAGGCAUCCUCAGGAGCACCAGGCUGUGCAGCUGCUGGAGCAGUACAGAUGCUCUCUGUGCGGCUACGUGUGCAGCCAUCCGCCGUCGCUCAAAUCCCACAUGUGGAAGCACGCCGGGGACCAGAACUACAACUACGAGCAGGUCAACAAGGCCAUCAACGAGGCCAUCUCCCAGAGCAGCCGCCCUACCGGACCCCCAACACCCCCUCCAGACUCCACCCAGUGCCCCACCCAGGGGAAGAACCCGGCCCUGUCUCAGGGCCCUCCGCGCACGGGGCCCCCCAUGGAGUACUGUGUGCUGCUUUUCUGCUGCUGCAUCUGCGGCUUCGAGUCCACCAGCAAAGAGCGUCUGAUGGAGCACAUGAAGGAGCAUGAGGGCGACAUCAUCAGCAUCAUCCUCAACAAGGAGCAGCAGCAGGUGGAGGCGGCGGCCCAGGCCGACCUCCAGACAGCAGAGUGACACACAUCCGGAGGUGAUCAGAGGUCAGAGGUCACUGCAAUGGCUGCUGUGUCUCACAGGCACCUUUUAUAGGCUUUAGGAAGAGGAAUGUGAUUUUAAUCUGUUAAUAUUCAUGUGAAAUCAUUUCACCUUUCAAAGCUUUGGCCCAAGUUCGAACAGUAAUAAGCUCAACCUUAAAUAAAUCACAAAACAUUCAACUAUUUCCUUCCCUAAUUUGAUCACUUUUCUAUGAUGGCAGCUCUUUCAUUGCUACUGUAGUAUUUACCAUGUUUAGUGCGACAUGGCUGAGGUUCUCAUCCUGUAAAGAGUUAGCAGCAGACCUUCAUCAGAGCCUAAAGGCAUCACUGCUCCAACAGAAGGAAUAUUUAUCUGUUUGCUUUUCCGUUAGCUGGCAGUUUGAAGAGAGGUGUGUUAAUUUCUUUAAGUUUGUUGUAUGGUUCGUAAAGUAGAGAAGGAAGUGGAAGUAAUAUAUUUUGACUGAGGGGUUGUUGUAAUUGCCUGUAGACAAAAGAAAUGACAAAAAGGGAAGUCUGUUGUUAGUAGAGCCGUUAUUUGAAUCUGCCAGUGCCAAGGUUAGGAUGUAGGAAAACGUUUCCUUAAAGGAGACAUGAUUAUCUCUCAUGUUUGUGGUGCUAUGUUCAUUUGAAAGCAAAAAUUUGUAUGUAUUUUUAUAUCUCCUGCUGUUUAUGUUGUUGGUGUGAGUGUGUGUGUUUAGUAAAGUUUUUAUUAUAUUUUAACGUUCUCUAAAGUACAAAUCAUCUUCUGAUCAGAACAUUUGUAAACACAGCGGACCCCCACCACUCAUGGUCCAGCAUUUGCAAAUUAUCCUGUGGACUUGAUUUCAUGUUAUUUGCAAAAAAUCCACUCAUUUAUUAAUAGUUUUUGUAAAUAUUCUACAAGAAAAUUCCACUUGGGAAGUGAACCUACUCAAAAGCAAUGCUACUUGACACACCAUUGGCUGGCAUUAGCAAAACAGCCAAUCCAGAAGCGCCAUUUGUUUUCAAGAUAGAGGAGGAAGACUGUCGACGAAAGCUUCAGCAAUAGCGCUAAGACGCUUUCCACUGUGUGUAUUAAUGCAUAUUUAGGUAUACCUAGUGUUUGAGCUAUUAAUAUAGGCAGUUGUAAGCAUUUUUAGACGGGGUGUCAAGUUUUCACAGAUCACUGGGGGUUCAUUGUAAUUGCCUACGCAGUGGAACAUUUUGUUUCAUGUCAUGGUUGAGACAAUACAGUGAAACGUUUUUGAGUGGAAGCAGCUGUGUUAUCCACCUUAUUCCUGUAACCAUGAUGCUUUGCAUGAGCUGUGUGUUCAGGACUCAUCCUGUUUCACUUUGGGUGGCUGUUUAACAUGGGACCUUCUAGACCUUGUCACCACAACCAUACUGUUGUUGAAGUUUUGAAUCUAUCCAGUUUCAUCAAUAUGUGGAUCAUGGCACUUAAAAUAUCUCAUUCCACCAAGUAUUCCAUCUAAGCAGUGCAGCUCAUAGGAUUGUCUUCCCAAAACGAACCUCUUUGUGCAGCUGCUGCUGUCUCACAGGAAGCCGUAGACACAGUGAAUCCUACAGCAGCAUCACCAGGAAUAAGGUGGAUAAGAAGUUUGGAUUCAAACAGAUUGGUUAUUCCAGUUUGGCUCACAACAAAGCUACACUAAAAAUGAUUGCAUGAAUAUUUGAUAAAUAUAUUGCUUCGAGGAGUGUACGAAGAGAUUAGCUGAAAGCGGUCGUACAUUUACUAAAAUAUGUUAGUUGCACUUAGUGUCCCAGCACAAAUCCUCAUGAAACAUUUUACAUUGACAUAAAAAAGUAACCCAGAUAAUAUAUUUCUGUAUGAACUUGUGCUCAUCUGCUAGUUAGCAUGAAGUGAUAGCUCAGCAUGUUAGUAGAUUUUUUGCUCAUGUUUUAGUUCAAUCCAACCUGGUUGUUACCGUUUAAUUUAGUCGUCUUUAAUAAUGUCGGAUUUCAACCUCUUGUAAAAACUUGUAAAAUAUAGAAAUUUGAAAAUCUAAGUAACCUCAAAGAUUGAAUUUACAGAAAAUUGGGAAACAAAUGCCUUGAACUCCUAGUUAGCCAGUUUCAAGUUUCCAAAGAAAACUUUCCAACACCUUUAAACUGGCAAAAUUAUGAAAUUCUGCACACAGGUCUACCAGUGGGUUUGAGUGUUGCUUUUGUUUUGUAGGUGAAGUUUAUCUGAACUGUAAUGUUACACCAGUCAAUUAAACUUGUACAUGACCUUUCAACAUACCAGAACAAUAAUUACCUUUCUUGGGUAAAUGCCCACAAGUUUAAACAUUUGAUCAUUUAUUCUGAAGGCAGAUUUUUCUUAUGCUGCUUCCUGAAAGGCAAAUUUUUUGGUAACUUUGCACAGUUCGUAACCAAACUGUGGUGUGUUACACAUAAAUUAUAAUCCACCUGUUUUGAAACGUUUCCGUUCCUUUGAACCGAGGUGAAGAUGGCUUUGUGGAAACUUUAGCUGUAGUUAAAAACACAAACGGGGACACCUUGACUACCAGAGAAACUCUACAUCUCGAAAAUUUUUAAGUAAAGCGUGUUUUAAACAAGAUGCAAGAAUCAGCAGGUAAAACAGACACUCGAGUCUAGUUCCUUUUACAGAUAACAUGGUCAAUAUACUAGAUAACAUGAGUAGAAAAUAACUUAACAGUGUUCAAAUCUGGAAUUAUUUUUACAUUUUGUCCAACUGCUACAAGAUAAAAGCAACUCCAGGUUUCAUACCCUCUGUGUGAUUAACUCACUAAUCAGUGCAGUUUUUUUUGCAUGCAUGACUCCUGAUUGGACAGACUGAGGUUUUCUACAGCCACUCUUCACUAUACCCAACCAUACCGAAAACUGUGACUGAUUAUUCCACUGUAAUGUAUACAAAUAUUCACUGCAGUCUUUUUUAAAAAAAAAAAAAAAAAGAUUCUAGCAUGGAAUGUUAAAAGUAGCCUAAGUGGCUUUUGUGUGCCAAAGUUUGAGGAUGAAUAAGAUGAGAGCUGAAGAAAACCAGUUGAAUGUGUAACCUCUAAAUUGUCCUGAAUCGUUUUGACUAAACUUUCUCCAUUUUACUGAAUAGCAGCAGAGAACUUUAGCACUUGUUAUAUCUAUUGCUUUUUGUCUUGUUUUCACUUAAAUCCAAUUUAUCUUUAGACUUUUAGCAGACGGGAAGCUCUCAGGCAUGACCCAGGCAUGCGUAUGAAGGCUCAGACCUCAGCUUUUUAUUCAUGUUUGAAACACGUUGCCUCAAAAUUUCAAUAUUUCAGGAGGAACAAAAUAUUGGACUCAUUUCUGCGAUGAUACUUUAUCUGCGAAGAACUGACACAACCUUUAAGCAAACCUUUUGAGACUUGUGUGUUAUAUUUCUAAUUAUUAUGAAAGAUAUAUUUAUAUAUAAUAUGUGGUAUAUUUUAUGCGUGUUGGAGCAAAUGGAAUUUCUCUCCAAUUUUCUUGCUGUAAGUUUUGCUAAACGCCACAGCCACAUGGCCUUUAUUGUGUGCCAUAUUUCCGUUAAAAAGCAAUGAUUUCUUCUCUUGUUUGUUUUUUUGUGCCUUUGAAUGUUUUUGUGUCUAAAAGUGUUUGUAGAAUAUUAAAUAUUCCUGAUUUGGAUCCCUGAUCCUCUGAAACGCUUAUGUUUUCAUAAUUCAGGUAAAAAAAUUCAACACACCAAGUACAUAAGGCACCUCUGAUGUAUCACUAGCCAGAGCUCAAAUACGUUCACUUUAACAACCUCAAAAACUGACAUUUCUAUAAAAUAUGAAAUAUUUUUAAAAGUUCAUUAUGUUAUAAAAGGUUUUCAAAUAGAUUUUUUUUUUUGCUAACUUUUUAUCUAUUUAGAAGAAAUCUUGGUUUGAAGUUCAGCAUAGCAAGACGAGCUAUGUCUAUUUGAACCAAAGGACACGACGUCUACUCUGUAUUUUUAUGCUCGUAUCAAAUUUUGUAACGGAUUCAACAUGAAAAUGUCUCGGACUGUAAUGUGACACUUCCUUUCUUUGUAUUUAUUUUUAAACAUCCUAGAAAGUAUUUCAUCACUUUGUCAUUGUAUCUUUUGCUAAUAAAGAGAAUGUGAAA